CUCGAGAACUUUUGAGAACCGCUUCCUGUUUCGAAUCAGAUCGGUCUGACUGAAGUGGAAGGUCAGCCCUGGUUCCCAGGCCACUCACAGGAGAGUCGCUGUAGUACUGGCAAACGGAAACACGUUGGUGAAAAUGUCUGCAGAAUUGCCAUUAAACAUUAACAUCAAAGAACCACGCUGGGAUCAGAGCACCUUUACUGGGCGAGCCAAACACUUUUUUACAGUUACUGACCCAAGGAAUAUUCUACUAUCCAAUGAACAGCUAGAAAAUGCAAGGAAGAUAGUGCAUGACUACAGACAAGGUAUUGUGGCCCCAGGAUUAACAGACGAUCAGUUGUGGAGAGCAAAAUAUGUCUAUGAUUCAGCCUUCCAUCCUGAUACUGGAGAAAAGAUGAUUCUUAUAGGUCGAAUGUCUGCUCAGGUGCCCAUGAACAUGACUAUCACUGGCUGUAUGAUGACGUUUUACAGAACGACCCCUGCAGUGCUUUUCUGGCAGUGGAUUAACCAGUCUUUUAAUGCUAUAGUAAAUUAUACCAAUAGAAGUGGAGAUGCUCCAAUUACUGUAAGUCAGUUGGGAACGGCUUAUGUUUCUGCUACAACCGGUGCAGUCGUAACAGCUCUAGGACUUAAUGCUCUCACCAAGCAUGUUUCACCUCUUAUAGGUCGUUUUGUUCCAUUUGCUGCUGUAGCAGCAGCUAACUGCAUUAACAUCCCACUUAUGAGGCAAAGGGAGCUGAAAUAUGGAAUUCCAAUAACAGAUGAAAAUGGAAACAGAUUAGGAGAGUCUACAAAAGCUGCUCAGCAAGCAAUUACACAAGUAGUCGUUUCUAGGAUUCUUAUGGCAGCUCCUGGCAUGGCCAUCCCACCAUUUUUAAUGAAUUCUUUGGAAAAGAAAGCAUUUUUGAAGCGAUUUCCAUGGAUGAGUGCCCCUAUACAAGUCGGUUUAGUAGGAUUCUGUUUGGUAUUUGCCACUCCACUUUGCUGUGCACUUUUCCCACAGAAGAGUUCCAUGUCAGUAAGUCGCCUGGAGAUGGACCUUCAAGCAAAGAUACGAGAGUCUAGCCCUGGACUGGAACGUGUUUACUUUAAUAAAGGACUAUAACCGAGUGAAAGACAAUGACUGCCUCAGCUAUCCAAGACUUAUUUGUAGUGAAUUUAUGUUAUUUUUAUUAUGCCAGCAUUGGGGGGUCUGUAUUUUCAUUCCCUUGUCAUCUUAAAGACAAGAAAAACUGAACUGUGAUACCAGUAUUACUCAUUAACCAGCAAAGAAGCAAAAAGUGCUGCCUGUGCUUGUGUGUUUUGUGAGGAUUUUUAAUAUACGUGACAUGUGGGUAUUCACUAAACACAGCCGUAGCUCUCACCUUGGUCUUGAGUUUGCUGUAUGGUUAGGAUAUGUGAAAACUCCACAACUCCUUAUCUUAUGGUGACAUAGGCUACUCAGCAAGUUAAAACUUGCAUAUAUCCUUCUUCUCCCCUCUUAUCUGGCUGUUAAAAUCUCAGGGUCUCAUGCUUGGAGCAUGCCUGCCCCCCCCCCCCAGCUUGUAUAGAAUACCGCUUCACUUACAUUAACUGAUAUGUAUACCCUCAGGAACCCUGUAACUCACAUCCCUUCCUUUAAGUUUUAUUGAAAGUUAUUGUAUUUGAUGGCUGGAACACACACAUCUUCCAGAUGUACUCGGUCUCCACAGGUUCUAGCUCAGUACUACCAGUAGAGUUGAAUUUUCUUUUCCUUUUUGCCUGUCACCCUUUCAUAGGUGCCAGUACUUCAUCCCUUUUGACUUUUUGGUGCCAAAGUAAGAAUCUGAAGGCAUUCAUCAGUGCCCACUUAUUAACUCUGAUGAGAUGCAUCUUUCCACAAGGACCAGCGAGAUGGCUUAUUUAAAAGUUCUAGACAGCGCAAAAUGCAGACUGCAGGAAAUCUGAAUUCUUGGCUUAAGUCAAGACCCUGCCUCCAUGUCCUAGUCCACUACACCCCUUGUGACUAAUUCAUCCUUCCUACAGAAGUUGUUGUCCUGUAUGUAGGGAGAGAAAAGUGGUACACUUCUCACCUGUGAAUAGGUGAUUCAAAGAGACAUCACCCCCUAACAUUCACUCUUGUUAAGGACACCCAGAAGGUGAUUGCUAAGUGCCUUCUCACCCUGCAGGAGUUGCUCUUAAGUUCCAUAUCAUGAGCGGGUAUAUGAGAUGAUGAUUCAGUAGAAGGUUUAAUGGUGGCAUAAAGCCCUGCAUUGACUUCUCACUCCAUAGUACUGCUACUGGUGCAGGCAUUCCCAUCAUGUGUUGGGUCACCAUCUUGCUUGCUCUAAAUUGAGACUGAGGCUUACACAGUCGCUUUCUUCUGUUACAGGAGGGGUGCAAUACUUGGUGUUUAGAGGCUAACCAGUGGGGAAAAUUAUCCUUCCCCAGUUCCUUGGCCAUUAACAAGUUUGAACUGAUGGAUGUUUGUCUGUUGGAGAGCAGCAUGGACAGUGAAUGAAUGUUCUGUUGCAGUGGUCUUUAAGAUGCUCUUUUAUGAGAAUGUUUCAGAAAUCCACUCUUGAGGUGACCAUCUGUUCCCGAAGCAGACGUGUAUGGUAUGGAGCAGUAAAAUGUCACAGUUGUUAGGGAUGCUGCUUCCUGACUCCACCUGCUUGGUUUUAUUUCUAGUUUAACUGGGUGGAGUCCACUUUUUUCUCAUGUCCAGUUUGUUCUACAGGCACUGUUUUAUCCUCUCGUAUCUUGAGAACAUAGUUAGCUUAGCUUGUCUAGACUAUCCCAAGUUUAUGUUAUGGAGCUUUUUCUUCCCUGGUUUCCUGUGUAAAUGAUAAUUUGUUGCAGUGGGGAUUAGUUACUUUUGGCAAGCCCUGUCCAUAGAUGAGUGAGGAACACCCUAUGAUUUCAUGGCUCUUGACUGGAUGAUGGUAUGUAUGGCCUUCUUCCUUUGAUAAAACAUCUCCAGCAUUUAAAAGAAAUAUGGCAGCCUGGAAAGACCUAAUAAACGCUAGUCAUCGUGAUCCCUUCACUCCAGCUUUCCAUCAUGCCCUCCUGAAUGGAUUAGUGUGCACAUAGCCUCAUACAGCAGUUCUAAAUAUUUCAUAGGUAGGUACUAGGCUAUUUGCCCGAGGGCAUUUGUAAGCCUAGCCAGAGUGUGUCGACUUUCGCUGCCCCAUUGAUUAAUUAACUGAGCCUCUGUCAAGCAGAGCUAAUGAAGUGAUCCCAGGGGUGUAUUUUCUGAGAUAUGCUGAAGGUUAUUACUUCAGGUGUGUCAUAUCUUGUAUAACUAUCACCAGUGAUAACAGCAUUCUGGAGUUUGUAGGAAAAGACCACUUGAUAGCCAUUGUAUAUCCUCUUGUGACAGAAUAGAUGUUGCCCGAAGGGCAGCUGGUGCAUUUUCAGCCUGUCUUUACCAGAGAGGUAGAGGACACUGUUCUGCUACAGAAACAAGCAAGGAGCAUUUUACUUCCAAGGAGUUGCGGGAAAGUCCUCUAAUUGUGAAUUUAAGUGAAUUCAGCCUUCACAUCAUUCAUCGGAAGUUUCACAUAAUUCUGAUGAAGUCCGAGUUCUGCUUCUUCAAUGUGACUUUUAGAUGGCUUGAUUAAAACUGGUGGAUGCCUGUUGGUUCAUCAGUAUCAAGGAGCCAGACAGACUACUACUGAAUUUAGUUGUAGCCCGAAAACAUUUUCAUCACAACCUGCUUCCAUUUGGCUUUUCUUCCACUGCAAAGGACUUUACCAAGGUGUGGGCUAUCUUAGAAGUGGCCCUCCCACAGUGCAUGCAUUUCAUAUCUUAUUACGUGGUUGAUUGGUUGUUUAUGACACCACCACAAUUCUUUGAUGGUGGUACUUGUCUAAACUUUGUAUAACCUAUAAUCAUUGGGAUCACCAUCAUCUAGUAAGUAUCCUGCCUGCUUCAAGUAUAGCACAGUCCUUUUGGUAAAACAUGGCCAAAAUCCAUAUGAACACCUGUCUAUCCUUAGUGAAAAAAGCUCAGAAGCUGAGAGAUCUGGCAUUUUGUGUUGAAGUAGUAACUUAAAUGCCUGUUUUACCUUUGGAGAUUUGUGGCAGUGACGUACUCAUUCUUCCUUGACUGUUGUGUAAAUUCUGAAGUGGAUAUUUCAUUGACUGUGGCUUGCAGGGUUAACAUUCCUUGUUAGUUCUCUGAGUGUGAACUUUUAUUACAGUGCCUUGGAUUGGUAGAUCUUAGCCUGCAGCCUGGUGACUGUCAUCCUCUGCCUCUUCUUGACACACUUCCUGAUUUUAAUCCCUCUGCUGGGGGUUGUGAGCCUAAUUUAUCUCUUCCUGGUUAUAGAGAUUUGAGUCCACUGAAGACGCAUCUGUGCAUUAGUUCCCUCACAUUGAAGGCUGCAUCCCUAUGGCUGCGAGCAGUUUUGUACUCACGAAGACGGAACAUCUUGUUGUGACCCUGUGCCAUCAAGAUGUUGAUAAGGUAUCUAAACUAGCAGAUGAAGGAAUUGCAUUUACUUCUUUAGUGGAAGUAAACUGCCGGCAAAAGCCUGUAUGUGUGGUAGCAGACGAAGGAAUUGCAUUUACUUCUUUAGUGGAAGUAAACUGCCGGCAAAAGCCUGUAUUUGUGGUCCAUAUCCCAGAGGAAUCAAAUGUUCCAGUAGAUGAUAGCUCCAUGUCUUAGAAAGAUAAUGCCCAUAUCACAGAGGGAUAAGAGUAGCAAUGCAUCUUCGAUGUUCAGGCUUGAAUAAAUGCCAGGGAACUGGAGAGCUGGCUGAGCAUUGAGAGAAGAGAUCAGGCCAUGCCUGCUUGCCUGUGAUCUCUGUGUGUAUUUUUUGGAUGGGAGGGUAAGAUGCCUAUGUCCAAAUUGUGUAUACUUUCAUCCCAUUUCAUGGGGAGAAAGUGGAGUUACAUUUGCCUUCAAGUCAUCAAGGUUUUCUAAGGAGUUGCGUCACUCAUGGAGAUGAGUGACAUGCCCUCAGAAAGACCUAUUGCAUACCCACCCCCUUGAGAGAUUAUGGGCGUGAGUGAGGAAAAUGUUUAGUUUAAAAAACCCUCUGUUGAUAGAUGAUAGCAUCUUCAUGGCCCUUUUGUAUCACUUGUGACUGGUGGGCAUGUAAAAGCGAAAACAAAAUUGUCCUGAUAGUUUGGACAUGAGUUUCUUCUUCAUAUGUUAGUGUUCAGAUCAAUUUCCGGAGGUAUAACAGUCCAGAAGUCACACUUUAGGUUAUUCAGAAGAAUAUUGUAUUGCUGUGCGUUUCUGCUCUGUUCAACAAAGUAAGGGGAAGUGGACAAUAUGUGCAUUCUUGGUGGUGUGUGGCAAAGAUUAUUUAUUUGCCCUGCUUGCUAAUAAGUUAAAUGUAGAAAUCCCAAGGCGUAGUCUCUUCAUAUUGCUAUGCCACAGUGGCUUCAUCAUUUUGAUGGUAUGAACAGCUCUGCCCUAAACUGCAAAUGUUCCCAUUCAGCUACAAGAAUAUCCUCUGGGAAAGUUUGUAUUAGUGGCUGUCAGGAAGCAUUCCAUUCAAGCUCUCUGCCAGGAUAAGUGGAAGAGUUUGUUAGUCUGUGUGAGGGUUUUGCUUUUCCUCUUCAGUCCCGUCAGUCUCCACAUUUGCGUGGAUUGUCUCAACUUUCUUUAUUCUGUACCUCAUUCUGUGCUACCAAGGGACAUGCAUUAGAAAUCUUUUAAUGUUAAUAAUCUACUGGAAUGCAAAACUCUGUCCAUUGUAGAUUGUUGAAAAGGUUUGUAAAAGAGAGCUAUGAUCUCUGGUAAGUGGUCAUCAUCACUUUUGCACAUGAAUGUCCUGACUAAUUUACUAUUGACUUAACCCAUCUGACAAGAUGUGUUUGAUGGGCCUGGAAUUUGUAUCCCCAAAUAAUUUGUUCUUCAUAGUUAACAUGUCAUCUUGAUCAAAUUGCAAGAUUUGUAAAAUGUUUUAGCUUUUUUCCUAAAAAGACUGAGUCUGAUCUCCAAUCAAAUUCCCAUUUUCUUCCAAAAGUAGUUUCAGAGCUGACACUUGUACAGUUGGUUCUUCGGCUAGUUUUCUUUCUGGAUGUUGAAAUUAUUAGAAACAUGUCCACCAUUAUGGUUAUACUUAAGUACGGUCCAUGAGAAUAGCUGGGCAGAUCAGCUUUUUGUUUCCUUUGCUUACGCCAUAAUGUCCAAGUGAAUUGCCAUUUGUAUUCCUUUUGUCACCAUAAAGUCUAAUGUGGCCCUGGCCAGCAGGUGACAAGAGCAUUUCUCUGGUGAGGUGGCUGCCAUUGUUUUAUGUCUCAGGUCAAUGUCUGUGGCAUGGCCACUUGGUUAUCAUUGCCUGCCUUUGACAAGCAUUUAAAUUGACCUUCAAUCAUUCUGCCAUAAAAUUUUCUUUCUUGCAGUUUAGAGUUCUUUGAAACAUUGCCUGGGAUUUUUUUUUUUUUGGGGGGGGGGGGAUACUAUUGAGGAUUCUGCCCAAUUAUUCCAUCCACUCAGAGAUUCCUUCAAAAUAGGUUGCAACAGAUAUUCUGUUGCAGUUUUCCUUCAUCCAUCUGCCUUGCCUGGAAUUAUCAUCAUGGCAGCUGGGACUUCUUAAAUAAACUUUGGAAUUCUACAGUCUUUUUUUUUUUUUUUUCUUGCAUUUUUAACCUUCUUUUGGAGUGCAAGUCAAGAACCGAACCAUCUAAUAACACCCUCCCCCUAAUUUCAACAUAAGGAUGCUAUGUGUCAUCCAAAAGGGAAGUGUCUGUCCCAAACAUGAGUACUUGAGAUUAGGAGGAGCAUUGUCAGAGGAUACAAGAAGGAUAUAACCAAGCAUUCCACCUGCAGAAGAGAGCCUUAAUAGUUUGUGCUGGAUAUUACCAGCUAGAAAAAGUGUAAUCAGUAGUUGUGUGCAUGAGGGUGUCCCAUAGAAAUGAUUGCAUUUGUGCAACACUGUUUAAAGGGCAACAGUGAAAGAAAGGCUUAGUUACAUGGUCUUACACUCUCAAAUAUCGCGAGCUUAUUAUACCACUUCAGAACUGGUUAUACACACACUAUGGGAGUCACUGGCUCAAUAGGAAUAUAUUACAGUAAUACUGUUAUUUUAACUCAGAAUAAAGAGCAGAAUGUCAGAACUGCAUUUGGAAGGUAAUUACUAAAGUAAUUUAUGCAGGUUAGAAGUGUACAUCCACUGGUGUUCACAGUAUCAUGGCAUACCUACUGGAUGUUUAUAUUUUCAUAAACUGACUUGUCUUUCUUACAUUUAAAUAAUGUAUUAUUUAUAAAUUUACUGCCUCAUUUACUACAAUACAGGUGACACCAAGCCAAAGGAAAUAAGAUUGGCAAGUUUCAUGACUGAUGCAAAGAUAACAUGGUAGGAGUAAAUAAACUGAGUUGUUUUUGGAAAUAUUAAGCAAUAUUUUGGGCUCUUUAGGCCUGAACAGUAUUAGAGUAGGCGAUUCAGAUUUUAAAGUUUGUGUGCAUUUAUGUUUCUUAAACUGCCAUUUUUUUCAGUAGUACCAGAAGUCCAAGUUCUAUUUCUCGUAUUCAACAGGUUUAACCAUGUUACCUUGCAUAAAAGGCAAAGCAAAUUCCAGUAAUUUCUUUACAUUUUCAACACAUUCCAUUUUGUUUGCAGUCUUACACUGAUCGGCUCACCUUCAAUGCAAUGAAUAUUAAAUGUGAUUGUAUUGUUGCAUGUUGUACCAAAAAAUGCAGAGUGAUAGGUGAUGUUUUCUAAAGUACUGUAUCUAGUAGAUUGGUAGAACUUUUUCUCGGGGGAACAACAUUCUCAUCAGUAUGCAGUGUGUGUUUUUUAGAUGCUGGUUUGAGCUUGUGCCUAGAAAUCAAAUGGUUAGAUGUACCAUAAAUCAAGAACAUUAGUGUUACAAGCGUCGAUGUUAACGAGUCAUAUCCACUCCUGUAGCGACCCUAUGAACAGCCGCCAGCAUCCGUGGAGUUUACUAGGCAAGUAGGGAAUAGAAGUGUUACACUGUGCAGUAAACAUAACAUUCAGGCUUGUGUGUGCUAGCUCUUAAUGAAUGAACCUCAUGGGUAAAUGUCAUGAGGUCUUUUUACAUAUAGUGUAAACUAGAUUAUCGUGCACACAUUUCCUGAAUGCCUUUUUAAACUAUAACUGACACAAAAAUUACAGAAAUGUUUAUGACUUACUAGUUGCAAAUACUUUCUCGAAUUGUAAGGAACUCUGAAAAUGUGCAAGUUGAGCAUCUCUGUUAAGAAACUAAUUAUUUACGUGCAUAUUAUGUAAUUAGCAGUGCAGGACUUAAAAAAGUUAAUUCUUUCCUUUCUAGUCGGCCGUACAGAUGACAAGAGGUUUACUUUAAGUAGAGGUGGUGCAGACACCAAUUUAUGUUUUUAUUCUUUUGAGUACAUAUUUGAAAACAUUUGAGACCGUGUCUUAGCAGCCAUUCAGUCUUGACUAGUAUAUGAGGGCCCGAACUCAUAGUCUUGUGUUAUGGAUUAAAAUUCAACAUCUUGCAACAUCUGUCAGAACUGAGCUUGUGAAGAUGAUCAUUUGACAUGCAUUCUGUAGAAGUGUUAUUUUGGUACCCUUAAACAAGUUCUCAUACUAGAAAGCCAGAGUAAAUUGUGGUUACACAUCUGCUUUGGCUCUUUUUUUGUCUUGUAACUGUUAUUUAAACUUUAGUUGAACCUGUUUUUUCCUAGUUUAGAUGGGUUUCCAUUUGAAAGAGUAACCACUUUUCUGUAUUUUAAAAACAAUACAAAACAAAAAAAUAAUAAAAUAAAAAAACUCUUAUGAGCGAA